AUGCCGCGGCAUCAGAAUAUUCUCUGGAAGAUUCCAUCCCGCACACUCAUCUUCCAUUGUCACCUCCGCUUCCCCGACUUUCGCGCUAGUUCAUCUCCUGUCAACGGAUCGCGAUGGCUUAUCCCAUCGAAGCACACCUUGAAGGUGGUUAUUGAUAUACCAUACGCGACAAGACCGAGCGGAUCACAUGGCAGCGGCGCGUAUUUCCGACUUCGCUGGGCACCACCGUCAACGAGAGCUCGCGGAGAAGGGAGCAAGAGAGACGACCAGGACGUGCGCGCGCGGACCCGGCUUCGAACGGAUUAUUUCGAAUUUGAUGAGGAAAAUGAUGCGUUUAUAGAAGGCUGUGUUCACCCGCAGCCGUCGCCGCGUUCGUUCAGGGUAAAGAAGGACGCAUCCACAUGGCCAAAGGUGUGA